GCAGCUGUUUGGUAUCAACUCAAACAAGAUUCUAGUCUAGUGAGACAGUGGAUUCUUCACUCAGAUAAUGGCAUCCUGACUCAGAUGAAAAAGCUUCAGAUUGUUGACUUUUCCUUCUGAAACAAACAACCAUCACCAGCAUAUUCCCCUUCCUGAGACAAAUUUCUAAAAUAGAGAUAAUGGAUUAUAGGAAUGAAACCUUACAGAAGCUUCUGAUGAAUGUAGAUGUGACUACAUCUUACAUGAUCUUGGGAAGAAAAGAGAGACUAUAUUGCAUACUUGUGGUCAUACAGGAUCAAUUCCAGCACAGCAUGGAUAAUGGGUGUUCUGAGAGUGUGUCCCAAGUUAAGCACAAACCUUAUCCAUGCAUCCAGACCUGCUAUGUGUUCAGGAUGGUUUGGAUUUAUCGGCCUUUUUGUUUCAUUUUCUUACUUGCUUCCGUUUACAGUGAAUGUGUGACUCAGAUCUAUGAGAAUACAUUCUUCCAAGGAGGAGAUCUCGCCACGUUUUUUACCCCGACUGUCAAUUACUGCCAAGUAGUGUGUACUUACCAUCCCACGUGUCUGCUCUUCAGCUACUUGCCAGCGACAUGGACUAAGGAUCCUGCAAAAAGGUUCUCCUGCUAUUUAAAAGACAGCGAUACAGAAAUGCUGCCGAAAGUGGAUAUGGAAGGAGCUAUCUCUGGACAUUCGUUAAAGCAGUGUAACAUCCAAAUUACUGCUUGCAGCCCAGAUGUCCAUGAAGGACUGGAUAUGGAAGGGACUAUUUUUGAUAUUAGUAUGGCUGACAGCUAUCAAGAGUGUCAAAAAAGAUGUACCAAUGACAACCGUUGUCAUUUUUUUACAUAUGCCUCUGAAACAUUUCCAAAUGCAAGCUUUUGUAAAAAAUGCUUCUUGAAACAUACCAAUGUAGGAACUCCAACCAACAUAAAGGUGCUUGAUGAGGUUGUGUCUGGAUUCUCUUUGAAGCCAUGUCACCUUUCUGAAUCAGAUUGUCAAAUGGACAUUUUUGAAGAUCAAGAGUUUUCAGGAAUUAAUGUUACAAGUUUUUUCACUCCUGAUAUUUCUGUCUGCCAAACUAUUUGUACAUAUUUUCCAAGGUGCUUGUUCUUUACAUUUUUUACCAAGAAAUGGAAAAUAGAAUCUCAAAGAAAUCUUUGCCUUCUGAAGGCAUCAACAAGUGGAAUUCCAGAGGGGCUUGUAUCACAAGAAAAUGCUGUAUCCGGUUUUGGCCUCCUAAAUUGCAGAAAAUCUUUUCCUGCCUGCAAUUCUCGCACUUACACUCAUAUGGAUUUUUUGGGAGAUGAACUUAAUGUUACUUACACUGAAGGACACAGAGCCUGUCAGCAGGUUUGCACAGACAUGAUCCGCUGCCAAUUUUUUUCCUAUUCUCUCCUUCAAGGUUCAUGCAACAAGGAAAGAAAGUGUGCAUGUCACCUAAGAAUGUCCUCAAAUGGAUCUCCAGUGAAAAUAGUACAUGGGCCAGGAAGUAUCUCUGGAUACUCACUAAGAUUAUGUAAAAAAAAAGCCAGUACUGUGUGUAUGCAGCAUUCUGCAAGAACAAUUAGGAUUGUUGGUGGGACAGACUCUUCCCCGGGGGAAUGGCCAUGGCAGGUCAGCUUGCACGCGAGGCUGAGUCGCCAGAGACACCUCUGUGGGGGCUCCAUCAUCAGCAACCAGUGGAUUCUCACAGCUGCUCACUGCGUCUCAAGUCUUGAGAAUCCCAACAUUUGGCGUGUUUAUGCUGGCAUUUUAAGACAAUCAGAAAUAAAUGAGGAUACGCCCUUCUUCAAGGUGGAAGAGAUUAUCAUUCACUCUCAGUAUAAGUUCGCACAGAUUGGAUAUGACAUCGCUUUAAUGAAGCUUGUGAAUCCUAUGAAUUUUACUGAUCUUCAACUACCUAUUUGUCUGCCAUCAAAAGAAGACUCUAGCGUAUUUUAUACUGACUGUUGGGUAAUUGGAUGGGGUUACAGAAAAGAAAAAGGUCGGGUACAAGAUAUUCUUCAGAAGGCUCCUGUUCCCUUCAUGUCAAAAGAGGAAUGCCAGGCGAGGUACUGGAAGCGAAGAAUAGGUGACAAAGUGAUCUGUGCUGGCUAUGACGAAGGUGGAAGGGAUGCCUGUAAGGGAGAUUCAGGAGGGCCACUGUCAUGCAGGCACGAGGAGGUCUGGUAUCUGGUGGGCAUCACCAGCUGGGGCGAAGGAUGCGCUCGCCCCAGGCAGCCGGGAGUCUACACCAAAGUUGCUGAGUAUUCAGACUGGAUUCUAGAAAAAACUACACAGCAUGAACAUUACUGACUUGUUCUAAGUGAUGGUUUGGAAUAGCAACCCUCAGAGCAAUGUGAUAAAGCGUAUUUGUGUUUUUUAAAUGGUGUUUUUUGUUAGUCUGGAGUGUAAAAGGCUUCUUUUAAAACAUAGAAAAGCAGGAAUGAAUGAAUUCUCCUACUGAAAAAUAAAAAGCAGUGAUAAAAAUAAACUCUGUGAUAAAAUCACUGAUUUGGCAUUAAAAAAGUUAUGGGUGAGCCAUGGAAUUUUCUGUCCUUGGUAGAAUAAAAUGGGAGUGGAUGAGGUUGCAGGACAUGUAUGGACCUGGGAACUG